AUUCCUAGGCGAAUAUGUGCAAUAGUCUUAAAAGUCAGAUGAGUUGCGUGAUAAAAUAUUUUUUAAUUGGUUUUACUUAAGUUCAAAUUAAAUUAAAAUGAUUUGUGUCAAAUGGUAGUCCAGCAAUGGAAACAGUGCUUCUAUAAUUUCGGGAUGGAUAAUCAUAAUAGCCAAGCUUGUCAAACCGGAAGAGCUGCUCUUUUGAUACCUACGAAUAUAAAACAACUCUGACUAUGGAACUACAUCAAAUGGCAUCGAAUGAUCAUGAUGCAAAUGAUUCCCUUUCUCCGGUUAUAACAAGUGAUUCUCAGCUGACACCAGAUGAGAUUGUGGACAUAAGCAAAAAUUUUGCAAUAGAUAAUGGCCAAAGCGUUGCAAUAAAUAUAUGUACAAUAUGCUGUGAUCGCGCAACUGGCAAACACUAUGGAGCAGCUUCAUGUGACGGCUGUAAAGGAUUUUUCCGUCGAAGUGUUCGGAAAAAUCAUUCAUAUACCUGCAGAUUUUCGCGGAACUGUGUCGUAGAUAAAGAUAAACGUAAUCAGUGUAGAUAUUGUAGACUGAGGAAAUGCUUCAAGGCUGGCAUGAAAAAAGAAGCCGUCCAAAAUGAACGAGAUCGCAUCAGCUGCAGGCGUCCCAGUUUAGAGGAAAUUGAUACAUCUAACGGCUUAUCAGUUAAAUUUUUACUUCGAGCAGAAAACUUUAGUCGUCAUUUCGGAGCUGCACUGGAUGAUACGAACGAUGGUGACGGCGAUUUGUCUAGUAAACGAUUUGCAAGUAUAAACGAUGUAUGUGAUUCUAUGAAGCAACAAUUGCUCAUCCUCGUCGAGUGGGCUAAAUCUAUACCAGCCUUUGUCGAGCUACAACUUGAUGACCAGGUAGCACUCCUAAGAGCUCAUGCUGGAGAACACUUGCUGUUAGGCUUAUCAAGACGUUCUAUGCAUCUAGAAGAUAUGCUGCUACUAGGGAACAACUGUAUUAUAACUAAGCAGUGUCCAGAUCCAAAAGUGGCCCCAAAUCUUGAUAUAUCUAGAAUAGGAUCAAGGAUUAUCGACGAACUUGUUUGUGCCAUAAAAGAUAUAAAACUAGAUGAUUCAGAACUGGCUUGCAUAAAAGCAUUGGUCUUUUUUGAUCCAAGUAUAAGGGGUCUUAAUCAACCACAAAAAAUAAAAGCUUUAAGACAUCAAGUCCUCAACAACCUCGAAGAUUAUGUUUCUGACAAACAAUACGAUUCUAGAGGUCGCUUUGGAGAGAUUCUGCUUCUGCUGCCAGUUUUACAAUCAAUUACGUGGCAAAUGAUUCAACAAAUUGAAUUGGCGAAGAUGUUCGGUGUUGCUCAUAUUGAUAGUUUGCUGCAAGAAAUGCUCCUAGGAGGAGACACAGUUGAAAAUCCAACAACCUCUACUCCUCCAUUGAAUAAUAAUCACUCACAGAGCAACACUAGUCCAACACAAAUGGUACCUUGCGAAAAUAAUAUUCAACCUGAUUCCAUGGAGCAAUCGCAGGAAACACCUGCGAUGUCAGCAUGUGAAAGGAUAGAGGCAGACACUAUCGAAGAUGGGCAUAACCUGAUGACACCAACGCUCAUUGAGGACAUUAGUAACUACAAUAUUUCUUCAGUGGAGAAUACUUUUCAUCGAAAUGAAAAUUGUAUUCAUCAUGUAAAUGAUGGCAUCUACAAUAAUUCUUUCAUUUCGUCAUCGUCUUCCGGAUUACAUUACGCACAUCAUCCGGUCAAUCGACAUCCACAAACAAAUCUUUUGUUACCUGCUAAUAAUUUAACACGUAAUGAAUACCUUAAAUUAGAACUAAAGCGAGAACCUGAAGCAAAUGGAUAUUGAUAUGCUGGACAUUUUUGUGAUGUUUAAAUUUUAAGGCUAUUGUUAAAGGGAUGCACAUAUAUAGCAAUAUAAAAAAGGCUGGGAACUGUUAAGAAAUGUUGGAAGUAAAAAUAAAUCUCUUGCCAGAGGUGGUUUGUA